AUGCUGAACAACAGUGGCAGCUACGAGAGUGAUAUACGUCAUAGAUCAGCUAAGGUGAAUAGCUUUGCCAUCGAUGACAUCAUGCGAAGAACAGUCGAUCAUUGUCCUGCCGUCAUCGCGUUAGCAUCAUCAAGGUCCCCCUUGACUGAUCUCGAGCAUGCCGACGAUGUUGUUAUAUUCGCGGAAUACAGUACAAAACUUAAGCAUAUUGUCAUCCUUGUAAAGAAGAUGGCUGCAGCCUAUGGACUACGUCUACGCCCUGAUGAAUGCAAGCAGAUGUGGAUCUCUUCGAGACCUAGAACGGGAAUCAGGGUGAACGGACCACCGAUAGAACUCGUCGAUGAGUUCUGUUACCUGCGCUGUACGCUGAAGAACAACGGCAGCUACGAGAGAGAUGUUCAGCAAAGAUGCGCUAAGGCCACUUCUGCAUUUAACUCCUUAACGAAAUGCCUGUGGUCGACCGACUCCCGUCACCAACGAAGGCAAGCUGCGAGUCUACCUAUUUGCAAUUCGCCCCAUCAUGAUCGGAGGCUUCGGUAG